CCACAUUUCGAAACCGGAAGACGUUGAUGACGAAUGCCAUCUCGAGAACGCCACGAGUUAUCCCUAUCUUGAUUUGAUCUGAUCCUCACCAACUCGUCUCUCCGAGCACACAGGUUUUCACUGCUGCCUUGCUCCGCGCUCUGCAAGCGCCUCAGCGCGUCGAACACAACCUGACGUCUUGUCCCAUCCGCCCACCACCAUGGCAGCGACGGGGCUGAAUAAGAAGUCGCCCACGAUCAAGCGCAUAAUGCGCGAAGCCGCCGAGCUGACUUCCAACCCCUCUCCAGACUACCACGCGGCGCCGCUCGAUUCGGACCUGUUCGAGUGGCACUUCACGCUCCGGGGGCCCGCCGACUCGCCCUUCAGCGCGGGCAUCUAUCACGGCCGCAUCACGCUCCCCCCGCAGUAUCCGCUGCGACCGCCCUCGUUCCGCUUCCUGACGCCGAGCGGGCGCUUCGAGUGCAACCGCGAGAUCUGCCUGAGCAUCUCGGGCUUCCACGAGGAGACGUGGCAGCCGGCAUGGGGGAUCAGGACUGCGAUUCUGGCGCUGAGGAGCCACAUGGACGCGCCGGCCAAAGGCCAGGUCGGCGGCGUCGAGAGCGACGACGCGACGCGAAGGAGGCUGGCCGAGACCAGCAGGUCGUUCACGUGUCAGGUGUGCGGGCGAAGCAACAAGGCGAUCCUGGACGAGCAGGAGCUGCUCGCGAAGCAGAACGAAGAGGCCCGUGACGCGAAACGGGACGACGACGACAAGGACGACGGCGACAGGAGGAACGACAACGUGCCGGAGGAGCUGAGACUCGUGUACAAAGAAGACCUCAAGCCACGGGAGAAAAGCGACGGCGCCGAAGCCGAAGGCAAGGAAGCGCAAGCGGCCCUGGCGACGCCCGCGCAGCAGCCCGUCCGGACUGCGGACGCCAGCGCCCCAGGCGGCGUCACGGCGCGGGCUGCGGUGCAAAACCCGAGCCAGGCAGCCGUACAGCGAGCACACAGCGACGCCGAAGACAUAAAGUUGGACGCGGCGAUAUGGGUCGUGAGCGCGUUGCUGGUCCUCCUGCUGGCACGCAUGGCCACGAGGCUCUUCCUUUGACGACGGGCGGGGCUCCGCUGACGACGUCGUCUCUGUACUCUAUCGUAUUUCGAUCACUCUUUACUACUUGCAUAGCGACGGGCGUUUCUUUCUUCUACAGGGCUUGCAAAGAGGGCGGUUGGGGCGGAUUCGAUUGCCAGAUAUCCACAGAUAGAAGAGAAUGAAUCAUGAGAAACAUUUGAUUUUAUCA